AUGGCAUCAGAAUAUUUGCCCGCCUUCGAAGUUCUGGGCAACACCUUUUGGGCGUCACCAGAUUCUCAAGGCCAUAUGACCAACGGCCUCGAUAUGGCGAAAGAAGCAAAAGAAGCGAGCUUGCGAGCGUCCCGAAUUCCCCUGGAAACCUGGGAGAACAUGAGGCCGACCCUCCGCAAAGAAUAUAAAACGAAGACUCUUGAGGAGCUGAUCACGUUUAUAAAAGACGUACAUGGCAUCAUCGUUACCAACGAGGACUUCGACCUGGACGAUGAAGAAUUCGGCCCAGACGACAGUCACUUCGACGAGGCUACCGACGCAUUGGGGCUCACGUCCUCUUUCGAGGCGAGCUCCUACGAGUACGAUCUCCAAACCCCCAACAUCCAAGCCGCGAACGCGAUCUUCGCAGUCGCCGGUGGUACUUACGCCUGGCCAAAAUAUAACGCGGACUUCCCCAACGACGUGGAAGAUUCAAAGAGGCUUGUCGCCCUUUGCCGGUCAGCCGAGACCGUCGAACAAUGCCGGGAGGCUCUGGAGUGCCUUGAAUCACGCAUCUCGCACUCCAGCAGUCACGUAGGGUUUUGGUCCCUACUAUGCGUACAUGUUGUGGAGAGCAUGAACCACGAGAUUAGAGACGGCAAUCUCUGUACGUUGAAGGAACCCGUUAAUCAAAUGCUUACGGCCGCUGUUUCGUCCAUUCUCCUCGGAUCCUGGAAGGGCUUCUUGCUCAAGGAAGGCGGUUCUGUCGAUCUAUUUGCGUUCCAUCUCUUGGACACCGUCUAUGAGCGACAGCACGUGUUCUCUCUACAGUUGGAAGAGACGGAAUUCGGUCGCCUACUCUACGAUCUGAAUGACUGGGUUCUCCCGGCGCAUAAAGACAAAAAGAGAACUGGUGCUCUAGACACGGUGAGGCAGUGCGCGAAGUGGUGCUUCCUUUCGCUCAACGAAGUCGCUUGCGAUCCCAACCAGGCGCGGCUACAGAUUUUCUCUGCCCACAACGAGCAUGAGGCUGACUGGAAGGCGCUUCUCGAGAUUUACGGAACUCUUUGGCACAAGCUGUUUAUGCAGCAGCUCAACCUCCCAGGACAAGGCUUUGGCACCGGUGCCGAAGCCGAAGCCGAUGAGGGGCCUCUUGCGUGGGCGCAAAAUUCCCGGAGGGACCUGGGCAUCUCCCACGCCGAGGUGCUUUCGUGCAUGUGUUGGAUCAUCGUGAACCAUGGUAGUCCGAGAGACGACGGCCACGGCCGCGACGAUGGAGCUCAGGAGAGCUUGUUUGGACGGGCAAGGCUUGCGGCCGCUGAGGUGUGGAAUAUCGGGCCGAGGGAGCUGUGGAUCGAGUUCCUGCACACUUUCAAGAGGUUCAAUGAUCUCACGGCCACGGAGGGGCCAGAGUAUGAGCGCUCCAGGAAUGCGUUUAUGGAGGAGUUUGUGGCGUUUGUGGAGGAAACGCUGAAGGUAUUUGUGACGUUUGGUGCGUCUAAGACGGGAGAGAGGAUUGGGGAUGAGUUCUAUCCUGUGGUUGCCUAUUGA